GCUGCAGCCAACAUGGCUGCGCUCCGGAGCCCGGGAGGCGGCCGCUGCUGAGCGCCACCCGCCGCCCCGGGCCCCCAGCCCGCCCAGGCUCCGGCCCAUGGCCCCUGCCGCCUCGCGGUUCCCGGCGCGCUAGGGCUGCAGCCGAGGCGCUCGCCCGCCCGCCCGCCCGCCGGCGUUGGGGGGCCUGGGAGCCGACAGGCGGGGCGGGGCGGCGUGGCCCGCCACCAUGGAGCCCCAGCGCCGGGAACUGCUCGCCCAGUGUCAGCAAAGCCUGGCCCAGGCCAUGACGGAGGUGGAAGCCGUGCUCGGGCUGCUCGAGGCCGCGGGAGCGCUGAGCCCCGGCGAGCGGCGGCAGCUGGACGAGGAGGCAGGAGGCGCCAAGGCGGAGCUGCUGCUCAAGCUGCUUCUGGCCAAGGAGCGGGACCACUUCCAGGACCUGCGGGCGGCGCUGGAGAAGACGCAGCCUCACCUGCUGCCCAUUCUCUACCUGAACGGCGUCGUCGGGCCGCCGCAGCCCGCCGAGGGCGCCGGCUCCACCUAUAGCGUCCUGUCCACCAUGCCCUCAGACUCCGAGAGCAGCAGCUCCCUCAGCAGCGUGGGCACCCCCGGGAAAGCACCGUCCCCACCGCCCCUCCUUCCUGACCAGCAGGUGAAUGAGAAGGUGGAGAGCCUCUCCCUCCAGCUGCGGCUGAUGACUCGAGAGAGGAAUGAGCUGCGCAAGCGCCUGGCUGUUGCGACACACGGGACGGCCUUUGAUAAAAGGCCCUACCACAGGCUGAAUCUUGACUACGAGAGGCUGCAGAUCCAGUGCUCUCGGGCCAUGUCGGACCUGCAGAGCCUGCAGAGCCAGCACACCAAUGCGCUGAAGAGGUGCGAGGAGGUGGCCAAGGAGACCGACUUUUACCACACGCUGCACAGCCGGCUCCUGAGUGCCCAGACCCAGCUGAAGGAUGAUGUGGACAUGCUGAGGCGGGAGAACGGACAGCUGCUGCGGGAGCGGAACCUGCUGCAGCAGUCCUGGGAGGACAUGAAGCGGCUCCACGAGGAGGACCAGAAGGAGAUUGGUGACCUCCGGGCCCAGCAACAGCAGGUGUUAAAGCACAACGGGUCAUCUGAGAUUCUCAACAAGCUGUACGACACGGCCAUGGACAAGCUAGAAGUGGUUAAGAAGGACUAUGACGCCCUGCGGAAGCGGUACAGUGAAAAGGUAGCCAUCCACAACUCGGACCUGAGCCGCCUGGAGCAGCUGGGGGAGGAGAACCAGAGGCUGGUGAAGCAGACGGAAAUGCUGACCCAGCAGAGGGACACGGCCAUCCAGCUGCAGCACCAGUGUGCCCUGUCCCUGCGGAGGUUUGAGGCAAUCCACCAUGAGCUUAACAAGGCCACAGCCCAGAACAAGGAUCUGCAGUGGGAGAUGGAGCUACUGCAAUCAGAGCUGACAGAGCUGAGGACCACACAGGUGAAGACAGCGAAGGAGUCAGAGAAGUACCGGGAGGAGCGAGACGCCGUGUACAGCGAGUACAAGCUCAUCAUGAGCGAGCGCGACCAGGUCAUCUCUGAGCUGGAUAAGCUACAGACUGAGGUGGAGCUGGCCGAGUCCAAGCUCAAGAGCAGCACGUCUGAGAAGAAGGCGGCCAACAAGGAGAUGGAGGCGCUGCGGCAGAUCAAAGACUCAGUGACAAUGGAUGCCGGGAGAGCCAACAAGGAGGUUGAAAUUCUUCGAAAGCAGUGUAAGGCUCUGUGCCAAGAGCUGAAGGAAGCCCUCCAGGAGGCGGAUGUGGCCAAGUGCCGGCGUGACUGGGCCUUCCAAGAGCGAGACAAAAUCGUGGCAGAACGUGACAGCAUCCGGACACUGUGCGAUAACCUGCGGCGGGAGCGGGACCGGGCAGUGAGUGAGCUGGCCGAGGCCCUGCGCAGCCUGGAUGAUACUCGCAAGCAGAAGAACGAAACCAGCCGGGAGCUUAAGGAGCUCAAGGAGCAGAUGGAGUCCCAGCUGGGAAAGGAGGCACGGUUCCGGCAGCUGAUGGCCCACAGCUCCCACGACUCGGCCAUUGACACAGACUCCAUGGAGUGGGAAACGGAAGUUGUAGAGUUUGAAAGGGAGACGGAGAUUGACUUGAAGGCGCUGGGGUUUGAGAUGGCAGAAGGUGUGAAUGAGCCUUGUUUUCCCGGGGACUGUGGUAUAUUUGUCACUAAAGUAGACAAAGGAAGCAUUGCUGAUGGCCGCUUAAGGGUUAACGACUGGCUGCUGAGAAUCAAUGACGUGGAUCUCAUCAACAAGGACAAGAAGCAGGCCAUCAAGGCUCUGCUCAACGGAGAGGGGGCCAUCAACAUGGUUGUGCGGCGGAGGAAGUCUCUGGGUGGGAAGGUGGUGACACCGCUGCACAUCAACCUCAGUGGACAGAAAGACAGUGGCAUCAGUCUGGAGAAUGGAGUGUAUGCUGCCGCUGUGGUGCCUGGAAGCCCUGCCGCCAAAGAAGGGUCUCUUGCCGUGGGAGACAGGAUUGUGGCGAUCAAUGGCAUUGCACUGGACAACAAGUCUCUGAACGAAUGUGAAUCUUUGCUGCGCAGCUGCCAGGGCGCUGUGACCCUCUCCCUGCUGAAGGUGUUCCCUCAGAGUCCCUCAUGGAGUGGCCAGAACAUCUUUGAGAAUAUCAAAGACUCUGAUAAGAUGUUGAGUUUCCGAGCCCAGGGCCCAGAGGUCCAGGCUCACAGUAAGCGGAACUUGACACAGCACAAUAGCUCCACGCAGACGGAUGUCUUCCUCGAGGAUGGACUGGAGGACAGGAAGGAGCCAGGGACCCCAGGAGGCAGCAGCUCCUUUCUGCACAAGCCAUUCCCUGGGGGGCCCUUUCAGGUCUCCCCACAGGCCUGUCCCAGUGCCUCUGAGCGUAGCCUGAGCUCCUUCCGCUCAGAUGCCUCUGGGGAGCGUGGCUGUGGGCUGGUGGACAUGCAUGGCCGGCGGCCCCUGCUGCCCUUUGAAACAGAGGUGGGGCCUUGUGGGGUAGGGGAGACCUCCCUAGAUAAGGCAGACCCUGAGGGCUCCAACAGUGGUGGAACCUGGCCCAAGGCCAUGCUGAGCUCCACAUCAGGGCCUGAGAAGCUCUCUGUUUAUAAGAAGCCAAAGCAAAGAAAGUCUAUCUUUGACCCUAACACUUUCAAACGCCCCCAGACACCCCCUAAAAUAGACUAUCUGCUCCCAGGCCCUGGGCCUUCUCACUCCCCCCAGCCCUCCAAGAGGAUGGGGCCUCUGACACCCCCCAAACCUCCCAGGAGGAGUGACUCCAUUAAGUUCCAGCACAGGCUAGAAACUAGUUCAGAGUCAGAGACCACUCUGGUGGGCAGCUCCCCGUCCACCAGUCCCCCGAGCGCCCCGCCUCCCGACGUGGACCCUGGGGAGGCUAUGCACGCAUCACCCCCUCGCAAGGCCAGGGUCCGCAUUGCUUCCAGCUACUACCCUGAAGGGGAUGGAGACACCUCCUCCUUACCAGCAAAGAAGUCCUGCGAGGAAGACCUCACCUCCCAGAAGGCUGACGAGCUGGGGCAGAAACGGCGCCGGCCAAAGUCUGCUCCUGGUUUUCGGCCUAAGCUUGCUCCAGUAGUGAUUCCUGCCCAGUUCCUGGAGGAACAGAAGUGUGCCCCGGCUAGUGCAGAACUCUCGCCGGAGCUGCCGGAAUGGGCGCCUUACUCUCCAGGGCAUUCCAGCCGGCACAGCAACCCACCCCUGUACCCCAGUAGGCCCUCUGUGGGCACCAUUCCCCGGAGUCUGACCCCCAGCACCACUGUGAGCUCCAUCCUGCGGAACCCUAUCUACACUGUGCGCAGCCACAAGGUCGGCCCCUGCAACUCUCCACCUGUGCCCCGAGAUAUCGGCCCCCAGGGUUUGCUUCCCAGCCAGCACCAGGGACGCCUGAGCCUGGAUCUGAGCCACAGAGCUUGCAGUGACUACUCUGAGAUGAGAGCCACCCAUGGGUCCAACUCCCUACCCUCCAGCGCCCGCCUUGGAUCUUCAGGGAACUUGCAGUUCAAGGCGGAGCGCAUUAAAAUCCCUUCCACACCGAGAUACCCCCGUUCUGUUGUGGGCUCUGACAGAGGUUCGGUGUCACAUUCUGAAUGCAGUACCCCUCCACAGUCACCCUUAAACAUUGACACCCUGUCCUCGUGCAGCCAGUCCCAGACCUCAGCCUCGACGUUGCCUAGGAUCGCCAUCAACCCUGCAUCCCUUGGGGAGCGGAGAAAGGACAAAUGUCUCUGUCACCACAGAUCUCUUCUGAGGUUGCCGGUGGCCACCAGGCACAGGUCCUCCUCCCUGAGGAGUCUGAGGCCUUAUGUGGAGGAGCCGCGGCACGUGAAGGUGCAGAAGGGCUCGGAACCUCUGGGCAUCUCUAUCGUGAGUGGAGAGAAGGGUGGCAUUUACGUCUCCAAGGUGACCGUGGGGAGCAUCGCGCACCAAGCUGGCCUUGAGUACGGAGAUCAGUUGCUGGAGUUCAAUGGCAUAAACCUGCGGAGUGCCACGGAGCAGCAGGCCCGGCUCAUCAUUGGGCAGCAGUGUGACACCAUCACCAUCCUGGCCCAGUACAACCCCCACAUGCACCAGCUCAGCAGCCACUCCCGGUCCAGUUCCCACCUGGACCCUGCUGGCACCCACUCCACUUUCCAGGGCAGUGGGGCCACCACCCCAGAGCAACUCUCUGCCAUCGACCCGCUGACGAAGCAGGACGAGGGCGCUGGCACCCUCCCAGCCAAGCAGAGCACCCCCAGCUCCAGGACUGUGGGAGACACCAACAAGAAGGCCCUGGAGCCCCGCGUUGUCUUCAUCAAGAAGUCUCAGCUGGAGCUUGGGGUUCACUUGUGUGGUGGGAACCUGCACGGGGUUUUUGUGGCUGAGUUGGAGGAUGAUAGUCCUGCCAAGGGUCCCGAUGGCCUCAUGCCAGGAGACCUCAUCCUUGAGUAUGGCAGUCUGGAUGUGCGGAACAAGACAGCGGAGGAGGUCUAUGUGGAGAUGCUAAAGCCUAAGGACAGCAUCCGCCUGAAGGUGCAGUACCGCCCCGAGGAGUUCACCAAGGUCAAGGGCCUACCUGGUGACAGCUUCUACAUCAGGGCCUUGUAUGACCGGCUGGCAGAGGUGGAGCAUGAGCUAAGCUUUAAGAAGGAUGACAUCCUCUAUGUGGAUGACACCUUGCCCCAGGGCACAUUUGGGUCCUGGAUGGCUUGGCAGCUGGACGAGAACGCCCGGAAGAUCCAGCACGGGCAGAUUCCCAGCAAAUACAUGAUGGAUCAGGAAUUCUCCAGGAGGCUCAGCACGUCUGAGGUCAAAGAUGACAGUAGUGCCACAAAGACACUGUCCGCAGCUGCACGCCGAUCAUUUUUUCGAAGGAAACAUAAGCACAAACGCAGUGGGUCCAAAGAUGGGAAAGACCUCCUUGCCUUGGACACCUUUUCCAGUGACUCCAUUCCACUCUUUGAAGAUUCAGUGAGCUUGGCCUAUCAGCGGGUCCAGAAGGUAGACUGUACCUCUCUGAGGCCAGUCCUGAUUCUGGGACCUUUACUGGAUGUGGUGAAGGAGAUGCUGGUGAACGAGGCUCCUGGCCAGUUCUGCAGAUGUCCUCUUGAGGUGAUGAAGGCCUCCCAGCAGGCCAUUGAGCGAGGCGUCAAAGACUGCCUGUUUGUUGACUACAAGCGGAGGAGCGGCCAUUUCGACGUGACCACGGUGGCUUCCAUCAAGGAGAUUGCAGAAAAGAACCGACACUGCCUCCUGGACAUCGGCCCCCAUGCCAUCGAGCGACUGCACCACAUGCACAUCUACCCCAUCGUCAUCUUCAUCCAUUAUAAGAGUGCCAAGCACAUCAAGGAGCAGAGAGACCCCAUCUACCUGAGGGACAAAGUGACUCAGAGGCAUUCCAAAGAGCAGUUUGAGACAGCCCAGAAGAUCGAGCAGGAGUACAGCAAGUACUUCACAGGGGUCGUCCAGGGAGGAGCCCUGUCGAGCAUUUGCACUCAGAUCUUGACAGUAGUCAGUCAAGAACAAAACAAAGUCCUGUGGAUUCCAGCCUGUCCUCUCUAGGAGAACGCCAUGCUGUGAUGUGACUACAGGUGGCCCACUGGUGUAAGUGCCUGGCUCAGCUCUUUUUUAGACACCGAAAACAGAAGUCUAUCUGGAUACAGACAUGCAGAGGAGGAUCCAGAACCAGGACUGCAGAAGCACCUCCUUUGCAGACAGAGGCCAUGGCUGUCCGCGACUGGACCAGGCCAGCAGACUCUGCUCCUCUCACACGUGUGCUUUAAGACAAAACAAAACAGAAAACACAAAUGACUUUACAUAGAGGGGUCCAACACCUUUCUUUAGCCAGCUGAUCAGAGAUGCUGCAAAGAGGACCUUUCAGAUCACAAGUUUACAAGCCUUUCUAAGUAUUGGGUGGUUUAUGUUUACUUGAACGGCUCCGGGCUGCCAGUGCCCAGCCCCUGUCCCCUCUGUCAGUCCCCUGUAGCUUUGGUGUUGGCUUUGUUCUCAUCUUCAGCAAAAUGACCCUGGAACCUUGCGGGGGCCGCUUGCUUUGGGAGAGGCUCUUCUCAGUGGGACCAGAGCUUUGACACUUCUUGCUCUUCAGUGGCACCUCUUCUGGAAGGACAGUGUGACCGCAGGUGCUCAGACCGCCGGUGGCUGCAGAACCGGUGCCUUUGUGGGGCCGACUCACCAGCAGCGGCAUUUUCCUCCCACACUGGGGAAGGCGGCUUUGGCAUUCUUAGACUCGUCUCUCGGCCUCUCUCUCCUGCCUUCAAUGGCCUUGCGUUCCUUCUCCAUCUGCGUUUAUUGCUCACUCAUCAUCUCUGGUCCUUCGGAGCUGCAUAGGUUUCCAGGACACAGCUGGGCUCUGGGCAGGGUGUGAAGCCAGGGCUGAUGCAUGACAUUGCGUCCUCCUUACGUCUGUGAGUCCUGACAACCUUUAUCAGUGCAAUGAUUGCAGGGUAAUUCUUAAACUUUAUAGAGGGUGGCAGGUACAUGGGUUCUUUUUAAUAUGAAAACAUUCAUGUUUCAGACUUUGAAUUGAGAGCUUUUAGGGGAAGCAUAAUGUAAGUGUUGUCACUAUCAAAAAUCUAAAAAAUACUAGGAUCUUUUGAUCUUCGUUACAGCACUCAUGGCAUGAACCUAAUUCCAUGAGGUAUCUUUGUUUAGCGGCUUUUUUUUUUUUUUUUUUUUCUUUUUUCGCUUCUGAUGCUGGAUAUGUCUGGCUGAAGGUUUGAUGUGGUUCCUUUGUAAACUGUGCGUCCUGUUAAUAAUAGGUACUGUACUGGGCUCUGUAAGUGUCAUUGGGGUAGCAUCUAUAUUUUAAUACUGUUCCUAACAUUUCAUUUUACUAGCAAGAAAUUUCCAAUUUCAUUUUAUUCUUUGUAACUCUAGACACUAGAUUGUAGUUUAGCCAUUACUGACAUUUUUUAAAAAGGGAUAUAUUUUCUUGCACAGUUGUUCAAAAAAGAGACAAGUUUCAGUCCUCAAUGCUGUCCUUUGUUUUACAGGUACAAAUUUUCUAGCUCAGACAACUAAGAAAAACCAUAGACUGUUCUCGAGGUGUUAAGUCACAUACCCUAUGGGGCCAGGGGCUGUUUUUCUGAGUUGCGGGCAGAGUCAGACUGUGAUGGUACAGUGUGUGCAGACAGGUACUGAGCUGACAGACUGGGAUUCUCUGUACUAAAAUGUUACUUUGUAUCAAAAGUUAAACAGACUUUAGUACAACAAAUAAAGGUCAAUUUCUGUAA